AUGAGCACGGUCGGCGAGGUGGCUGACCAGGACAUGGCCGCCGUCCGUAUGACUCGGGAGAAGCUCUCGCCACUCCUCAUGCAUCUCGAGGUGAGGCCGCGAGACACCCACAAUUUCGACAAUAUGGUGCUGUACAUCUCCGUCCUCUCGCGCAAGACGUACGGCAAUGGUCGUACGACUGGUCGGAAGGUCCCCAAGGAACGCCUCACCGUCGGUUUCCUUGUCAACGACGACCAAUCUCACGCAUUCCGGCAGCUUGUCAUUUCCAAGGCGAAGCGCCACCAUGACUUUCGCUUGGACUUCGAUCUUGAGGAAAACGGCUACUGGCGCAACAACGCAAAGAGAUGGAUGACAUCAUUGAGCACUAUCCAGCGUUGCUGGUGGCGCACCGGAUGCCAGCACAUGGAAGGAGGCAACGGUGGCAACGGCAAUGCAGCAGGCAACGUCGCCGACAUCGGGCUCGACGAGGAGGUCAACGAUAUCGGCAUUUUGAUCGACCAACGUGAACCCGGUCUCGUGCGAAGCACGGCGCACGGCCCGUGCGCCGUGCGAGAUGCUUAA